UCGAAAGUUCUGUCAAAGUGUUGUGUUUACAUAUUUUGCAAUUAACGCGAGUACAAAACACUAGGCGUUAAUUUAUUUUAUAUAAUUAUAUAUAAAAUAAGGUUGCACAAAUUAGAUUUAUUAUAAUUGUAUUCGGAAAUAUCCGAAACAUGACAUAAAAGAUCCGCGAACAUUUGAAAUCAUUUAACCCUAUAUUCUGUAGUAGUCGAAUAUCGUACGUCAAAUUAAAUAAAAUGAGCUCGUGCAGUGUGAUUACGUCUGAUUUUGUGAAUUUAUCAAUCACAAACUCUGGUCAGGAAUCGUGUUGUGUGGAACGUCGAUUUCAAAAGGGUAUAACUGUCCAUGAAUUUAAGGGCAAAUUGGAGCUUCUUACUGGUGGUAACCCAGUUACAAUGACCGUUGAAGUUUAUGACAAGAACGACAAGCUCGUUUGUAGAUUGGAGGAAGAACAACGCCUUUUGGGGUCAUAUUCAAUAGAUGAUGGAAUGAGGAUACAUGUUAUUGAUAAUUUCUCAUGUACGACAGAAGAUUUAAAUCAUGUGAAAAAAUUUGAGAUAUCUGAGGAAGAGUAUGCCAAAAAAACAGACACUGUUAAGGCGUUCCUAGAAAGGAAUAAAUUAGGAAAGUACAAUGAGGAAGACAUGAAAAGAAGAGCAGAAGAGAAGAAACUGGAAGAAGAAACAGAGGAACACUUGGCUAGUUUGUGCAAAGUUGGAGACCGUUGCGAAGUAUCUGUUCCAAAUCAGCCAAAGCGAAGAGCUACUAUCUUAUAUGUUGGUAAAACUGAAUUUAAGGAAGGCUGGUGGAUCGGUGUUAAAUAUGAUGAGCCUCUUGGCAAGAAUGAUGGGAGUGUCGGAGGAAAAAAAUAUUUCGAAUGUGCUCCAAAAUAUGGUGGCUUUGUGAAACCAGCGCACAUAAAAGUUGGAGAUUUUCCAGAGGAGGACUUCAACCUUGACGAAGAACUAUAAAACACCAUAAUUAUUUCACUUUAUUUUAUCUCUUUUCUAUUAUCUUUUUUUUCUAUUAGUAAUUUGAAAACUCAAAAUAGUACUUUAUAUACAAUAAUUUUUAAAUUAAAUAUAGUUCACACAAAUUAAAAUUUUGUGUUCUUUUACAAUACUUUAUCGUCUGAUCGCCAGCCAAUGAGAUGUGUUUCUUUAACCUGAAAUCAUAAAUAAUAUAGAACAGUGCGACGUUUGAAAAACAAUAAUUGCCGAAUAAUAUCGAUAU